AUGAGCGAACCUGAGCAAGAUUCCAAAAAACAAAAGAAGAAACCUAUAAACACUUCUAUCUAUAUCAGUAAUUUACCAGUUGAUGUCACUGAAAAUGAAUUGGCAGAAGCUUGUUCAAAGUAUGGAGUAUUAAUGGUAGAUCUGGCUACUGGUCAUCUUAAAGGAGAUGCACUUGUAACUUAUUUGAAAGAAGAGUCUGUCACACUAGCAUGUCAAUUGUUAGAUGAAACUAUACUGAGACCCGAAGAACCUUAUAAAAUACGUGUUCAAAAAGCUGAAUUUAAAGAAAAAGAUCCUAAAAUAUUAGAAAGUAGUCAAAGUAAUUCCAAAAAAGUUGAUAAAUAUGAAGUAAAGAAAAAACUUCGUCAACUUGAAAAGGCAGAACGUUAUAAUAAGAUAGCAAUCUUGAAACAUAUGUUUACCAUAGAAGAAUUGGAGAAUGAUGUUGGUUCAAUUUUAGAUUUAAAGGAAGACAUUCGCAAUGAGUGUGAGAAAUUAGGAGAAGUAACGAACGUUGUAUUGUAUGAUAAAGAACCCGAAGGAAUUGUUUCAGUAAAAUUUAAAGAUCAAAUUAGUGCUGAAGCAUGCGUACUGAAAAUGAAUGGGCGAUUUUUUGCUGGUCGUCGUGUCGAGGCAGAAAUAUUUGAUGGAAAACAAAAGUAUCAAAAAACUGGUUCGAAAUCCAAUGAAACAGACGAAGAAGAAGCUACCAGACUAGAAAAAUAUGCUAAAUGGUUGGAGGAACAAAAUACUGGCACUGCUACAAAUAAUCUAGUGAAAGAGAAUCCUGAACAAAAUACAAAGACAACAACCGAGAAUAAUUUGGUUAACGCUUUAAGAAGCUUCAGAAAUCAAAAUUUACUUCAGACUAAACAAUCAGCAAUAACCGAGAAAGAUAUCUUAAUCAAUCGACCUCAACAAAGAUCGAAAGAGGAAUUGAGAGCUAAAAAUUGA